AUGAGGGAGGAAGCACCGGCAUAUGAACAUAGGGUUGCGUCACCAUGGCGAAGUGAGUUUGCGGAGGACAAGUCAUUCGAUCCGCCUUACCGACCUUUAUUAGCAACAUUUGAUUACCACAGUUCAGAAAGAAGGUCUGCUGAUCGGGGGUUUUCAAGGGAAAACGAAGCGUUGCACUCAUCAGCAAGAAUGGUCGCAUCUCUGUUCACUGAUGAAAUUCUGAACGCGCCGAAUCCGAAGAAGUUCUCCAUGCCGGUUUUCAUUCUGUUUGACGGAACAACCGAUCCAGUCGAUCACAUCUACUAUAUUCAGUUGAAAAUGGCUCUGAAUACUAACAAUGAUCAUUUGAUGUGCAAAUACUUCCCUACGAGCUUGGCUGGACCAGCUCUUAAUUGGUUCAAGAAUCUGGCUCAGGGCUCAAUUGCCAGUUUCCAGGAUUUAUGCAAUAAGUUCAUAAGCCAGUACUAUGGGAAUAAACGUCCGGCUAAGGAUGUAUCAAGCCUUUUCACAAUGAAACAGCAUGAGGAUGAACGGCUCCAGGCUUUUCUCACCCGGUUCAACCUCAUUAAAAGUAUGGUAAUGGAGUGUCAUCCAUCCACAGCAGUCCAAGCAUUUAAACUCACAAUGAAUCGGGGGACGCCAUUCCGCACCAGUUUGGUGGUUAAUACGCCAAAGACCAUGGACGAGCUGAACGAGAAAGCUGACGAUUUUGUUCGUCUUGAGGAAGAAGAGGCAGCUAAUUCGAGGAAGACGUUAAUUAUUUCGACGGAAGAGAAGUCCAAAGCCAAGAUCCGGCAAAAACAAGCUCAGCCGCAACGUCACACCUCAUGGAAGGCGGAGAAAAGGCCCAGGGAGGAGGAAUCAGAACCUAAGGAGGCAGGUAGAGAUGCUAAUCGCAAAGGGGGAAUUUGUAAGCUAUGUUCAAGGUCCGGCGCAAGAGCAGAACUAUGA